AUGCUCAGAAAUUCCAUGAGCAAUGGUGGGCAGCUUCAUUGUGGCGGAAUGGUUUCCAUUAUAGUUGAACAUCGUGGCCUCCACCUACCCAAUUACCCAACUGAUGUUAUUUUGGGCUGCACUUGUUUGUCUAUAGAUGUUAUGGAGUCCAUGCACCUUUUUCACCGCAAUCCCGAUGGGGAUGUUCAUUGGACCGUCGAUGGUAAUGCAUAUCUACGCAUUGACAGCCGAAAUAAGAAGAUAUUAGCCUUGGCCAAUGACAAUCCCAUCUACCAAUUGGCACCUCCAGUCGAACUUGGGUGUUACUGCAGCCCGUAG